AACACAAUACCUUCAUUUGAAUCCACGCGCAAAUCUUUAACGUUUUAUUAGACAGUUGAAUCACAACCGUCAUCUUUACACAUGUGCUUAAUUGAAGACAGCAAACACUUGAGAGAAUUACCAUAACCCAGUCAAGUCUUUAAAACAUCUGCUCACCAUUUUUUCUUCACCACAGAGCAGCAAAUGCACAAAUGACAGGGGAAAAUGAACAACUUAAACUCGGCAAAACAGUUUCAGCAAUCUAAUCAAUUCCACGCACUGAAACGAAAGUCUUAAUAAAAAAGCUUGAAUAACACAACAAAGAAAUUGCUUAAGUCAAGCUUGGAAUCCAUAUCUCGAUGACUUCUAAUUAGAAAGGCCAAGAGGAGAUAAUGUCAUUUGGUCCAUUUAAAAAGGAAAAAGUCCCCAGUUCUUUCCACGAUGCGUACUCAGAAUGGUAUGCCCUCUGAUCUCAUUGUGCCGUGGAACAGCUGACUUCCAAAAUACCGAAGUGGUCACACUCAGAUGAUCUCUGACAAAAGACCUGGGAUGGAAUCCAAAAGGGGAUAUACCCUCUGACGAAUCGGGUACGAUGAUGCAACACACAGGGAGAAAACUAUCGAAUCAGGACCUGUGGAUUAUUCUUACACGGCAUGACACCCUCCAAUCAAAAUUGAUUUACUAGCUAAGCCUUCCUGGUCCUAUGUGGACUUGACGCCGCAAUGCACUGGAGAAAAAAGAAAACAAAAAUCUGGUUUUCGAUGGAAAAAAAGCAGAGCAUUUCCGGGUCUGUGCUAUUUGCUAACCUGAUGCUAUUCCUUUACGAGUGAACGCUGGGCAUGAACAGUUUGUUUAGGAAGCAACCAGGCUAAGCUCAGACCUGGUACUGAGUACUCGCUAAGAUUCAGUCUUGAUGGAACAAUUCAGCGUUUAUUAGCACCGGGGCCUGGGAUAGAGACACACUCAGCGCGACUGGAGUUAAACUGAUAGCGGACCAUCGACCUUUCUCACCCAGAGUACAUCCGAGGUGCAAAACAGUCGCUCCAUCGGAAGCGGCUCACUCCACGUUAUCCAACCUUGGUCACAGAACCCGAGAUGGAGACAUCGCUCGGUCACUUCUACCAAUCAGGGUUCACUACCGCUUUGGAGGGAUCCCUUUAUGUAAACGACUUUUCUGACGAUCAUCCGCAAGUAGUUGAGCUUGGGCACAUGAAGGAAAAUGCGUGCCCAGAAUCGAUACUGAAUUUUAUCCUGGAUGCGGACAAGUUGCGCAAGACGCAGGAAGAUAAACUGUUGACGAGAUGCGAACUUGGCCUGCCACCAGAUCCACAUGAUUGGACGGUGGAAAACGUUAACGCCUGGCUCAAGUGGGUCUUCACGACCUUUGACCUCGUUAACGACGACGACAUGGGGUCAAAGUUACAACCCUUCCCGUGGGACGGCAACAUGCUGGCAAAGUGGACAGCAGACGACUUCUUUCACUUCUUCGGCCCGCACGGAGACCUGGUUUACGAGAACUUCGCAAGAUGGCUGAACGUUUCUCCGGAGAGCUUGGAGAUACAAGACAAUCUCUUUGAUGUUCAGAAGGACAUCAAUCGACUGGAAGACAUCAAACACCGACUACUGGACACAAUGGUAGCGCAACAGCCUAUCUUUUCUCAGCCUUUCAUGAAAACCGAAUAUGGCUCUAACAUGAGCAGUCCGCCACUCUCGCCACCAAUGAGUGACGACUUCAUGUCACAUGACCUAGACACCAGCCGUUCCCGAAGUCUGCCCGCCAGUGAGGUGUCAUCAACCACGUUGACGUGCUACCCGCACGCAGUAGCUCCCGGCUUCUCGAUGGUGGACGAUGACAUCCACCCCUCCUCUCUCUUCAUCGAGCCGGAGUCGGACGGCAGCGGGCCGCCAGCUGUCAUGCGAACCAAACGGAGGCGAGGCAGGCCUCGUAAGCCCAAACCGCCAAAACAGAAGCGAAGCCAGCCCAUCUUGUACAAGUUCAUCCUGGGCCACCUCAACAACCCCAACAUGCGAGACAAGCUGGAGUGGGUCAACAAACAAAGCGGCAUCUUCAGGUUCCAUUCGGCGCGCAAGGAGGAAUUCGCUGAGAUGUGGGGACGUUACAAGGGGAACCGCGAACAGAUGACGUACCAAAACAUGGCGCGCGCGCUGCGCAACUACACAAGGGGCAAGACAAAGAUUAUGGAACGAGUCAAGCGAAAACUGCACUAUAAAUUCUGUCCCGAUUUCAUCCAGUAACGAAGCAGUGGGUAUUUUCGCUGUGGGUAGCUUGGACAUUGUAUGUUGGCACGAAUUGUCUGGGCACUGACAAUAUCGGGCAUGUCCGACAAACAAAACUACAUGUAGCGCUGACAUCAACUGUUUGUAAGCAUCCUGCUCGCGCACAACCAGUAUUUCACACAUACUGAUAUGCGGUUUUUAGACAGUUGGAAUCCCUCCGACUGAAAGAAGAUUAAAUUUGAGCGAAAAACCUCCGCGCGUGCGCGGCACCACCCAUGGCAAGACUGUUUGCGGUGAUCGGACAGGUGUAUUUGCACUAAGACAGCGAGCACACGGUCAAAACCCCAAAUGCAAUGUACAACUUAUGUAUCAAAUACGGACACCGCAACACAGCCUACUGUGUGUAUAGGCGGCUCCUACACGAAAUUAAUAAUUUAAUUCCAAUCUGAGGGUGACUACAGAAGUCUAGUACCAAUGUCAGCUGAUAACCGAUCUAUUACAAAGUUCGACUUAUGAAAUCGCGUCUAUUUUGGGUGGCCAUGCUUUUUAAAGGCCAAAAAAGAAAGUACACGUAGGCCUAUGAAUAUUUAUUUUAACUGUUACUUUGAAUUGUGGUGGCUUCACUAAUGUACACAGUCUUCAUUUUGACACGGUCGCAUUGUAUAUGUUAAAGUUGUCUAGUUAUCAAAGAGAUUAAGGGAUACUAAGCACAGUUACGCAGGAAGGAUGGAGCCAUCAGAAGUGUAUUAUAAGAAGAAUGCCAGUGAGCUUUGUCAAACAAAAAUUAAGAAUUAGGACUCCGGAAAUAAAGGGAUUUCUAUGUUUCUGAUGUCAAUCUCGCAAGACCAAGUUGCGAAGACAAUGUUUUUAGAAACUUUUACAAUCAUGUUGGAGUAAUACAAACGAAAAAGGGAAUAUAAUAAAUAUAACAUGUAAAAGUAUCACACAAUCAACGUUUCACAAAGGCCAACUAAAAAUCGUGCAAUAUAAGCUUUGACCGCCCCAUAAAUGCAGUAAUCAAUAAAAUUGAUAUUGUUUAAUUGGAAAUUGUUUUCGCGACCAUCUUGAGUUACAUGUGGACCAUGUUCAAAUGACACCACGUUCAUGACUUACCGUCGGGCUAAAUCGACAUGUAAAGAUUUAAAUCAAACAGAGACACGAAUAAAUUUUUAAAAACCCGCAAAAUUCGAUGGAUUUCAAUUGCAAACUCAUCUCAGCUAUGCCACUUAAAAGAAAAGACAUUCUGUAAUCUGUAAUGCACCGGAUCCUCUCUAAAAAUAAAAUUAUCCGACAAGCGAUGAAAUGAGGUUGAGAUAAAGGCAAAUCAAUUUGUAUGACGUGCAUACAUAAAUUUAUUGUUAGAGAUAUUUGUUGGGCGAAAAUGUAAAUAUUUUGCUAUAUUUAAUCAGAACAAUACGUUUGAUGUGGCCUUACAAAAGGGCAUGGCGAUUCAAAUUUCGAUUAUCGUCAAGUGACUUGACUUGUAACAGUUUCCUUCAUUUCUAAUAGAUUUAUUAUUGGAUAGAUGCAUGUUUAUGUACUUUAUAUAUUCUAUUUAGAUAUAAGAGUUGUAAACAAUGGCACAUUUUUAACUGCAGUCUUUUUUGACUGAAGUGCCAAUUUUCUAAAGUGUAAAGAUUUAACGUGUAAAAUUUACACAUUUUGGGUUUGUUUGGUCUCUUCCAGGAUUGUUUCAGUUUAGGGUCUGUGUGUCUAACAAGAGAAUUAAGUUAAACUCUUAAGAUGUUAACGGUUGAAUUUUGUCUGGUUCUUAAAUGACACACUCGAAUUGUAAAACAAAUACGAGGCAAAGUAGUUGAAAUCGCAGAAUAAUGCGGAGUACUAUGGUGAACAAUAUCAAAAUGUAACUGAUAUUCAGUACCCUCUGACCGUUUGAAUUCUCCAGUGAAGUAAAGGGUUGGGUGAACGCCACAACAUCAUCGCAUUCUCAGUUGUCGUAUUAUGAACGCGAAGCCAGGUCACAGUAUGUGUAAAGCGCAAGCGUUUAAAAUACAAAUGACAUAAAGGAACCAAAGUGUGACGUCACUGUGAACCAAAAAGUGCAGUGCAAACGAAUGGACAACGCACGCGUGUAGGUUUGCGCGCUGGUUCUCGUUGUAAUGCCUUUCACACACAUAGGUGCGCAGGACAUAUUCACUUCGGUAAUCAGUACAGUUCAGAGAAAUCGGACAACGAAUUUUAGUAGUGUACCAAGAGCAUGGCUGAGCGAAGAAACGUUUUCCUGCACGCUACAAUGUCAUAUUUACUGGUUUUGAUUGGCCAAUUCAGCUUGCUUUGUUGUUAAACAUGUUCUAUAAAUUAAGGAUGUAAUAAAAUCGAGCCGCAAAGAUGACACUUGUUCUUCUGAUACCCUGCAGCGUUUGUGCUACCUGGGUUUAAACGCUCAGUUAAGGGAACUUAGUUUCUAAAUAUGGUUGUUCAAAUGUGAAAAACUCUGUUAAUAUUUACAUUUGGAUUUGUCCAUUUUUCACAGACGAACUUCAACCGGUAACGGGGAGCAAAUCAUAUCGCUUAUAACUAAACAGCAAUCUUAUUGUUGCAGCUGAGCUCUUCAAGUUCCAGACGGAACGUAUACUACUUCGUUUAGAAUUUUUGAAAAAUAAAACAUCAUUGUGACAUCAUUA